GACGCAGAGGAACCCUUUGGUGAGACGGCUGCUAUGCUCCAAACCCCCGACCCAAACCCGACGUCCCAGACAGCCCCGGGUCUCCUCUGAUCUCUCCGGCGAUCCCCCACACCAUGAGGACCCUGCCGGUGACCGUGUGGGUCCUCUGGGUCUGGAACCUCUCCCACGGGAGCGCCCGGGGGCGGGAGAGCCAGGAGCGCACGGCGAACGCACGGGGUGCGGGACAGAGAGGCCUGGGGGCGGCGUCCAGUGUGGAGGACGUCCUGGAGCUCCUGUACCCCCAGGACGCCCGGGUCCAGCACUGCCUGAGGAGAAAGGCCCAGGCUCCGGCCACUCCACCCCGCCCAGGUGAGCUCACCUGGGAGAACCCCCGCGAGGCCGCACUCCGCUGGGACGACGGAGCCAUCCAAGUUAUCAUGGCGGAGAUGGAGCGCACCUCAUGCCGCCCGAGAGAGGUGUGUGUGGAGGUGUCCAGGGAGUACCCAGAAGGCACCAGGCAUGUUUACGUGCCGCGCUGCGUCUCCCUGCACCGCUGCGGAGGGUGCUGCAACCACGAGGCCCUGCACUGCUACAACACCAGCUACAGGACGGUCAACAAGACCCUGUUGGAGCUGUCCCCCUCCAAGAUGGAGCGCUCCGUCGCCAUGGUAACCUUCGUCAACCACACGUCGUGCGACUGCCGCCCGAAAAGGCCCCUGCAUGCCGUCAUCCGGAGGGAGGCCGACGCCCACCGGCACGUGUGCCCCUCUCCAGGUGUUCCCUGCAGUCCAGGUCUGGUGUGGGACCCUGCAGUCUGCCUGUGUGUUCACAGGAACUCAAGCUCCUUCUCGGAUCCAGAACUGGACCCCCUGUUUGCCCCGCUCCUGGCCCUGUGCGGUCCGUUCCGGGUUCUGGACGGGGAGCGGUGUGAGUGCGUGUGCCAAAACGGGCUGAGGCACUCCAGCUGUGGGCAGGGCCGUCGUCUGGACAACGCCUCGUGCCAGUGCGUCUGUGAGGGGGGGCCGGGGCUGUGCCCCCCCGGGCAGAGCUGGGACCCAGAGAGGUGUGCCUGUGUUUGCCCCCCGGGCUGCCCCCCCGGCCUGGCCCCCCAGCCCGGAACCUGCAUGUGCCGCUGCAGAGAGAGCCCCCACACCUGUCUGCUGCAGGGCAGGAGGUUCGACCCGCACACCUGCAGCUGUUACCGUCUGCCCUGUCGGACCCCGUCCAGGAAGUGUGCAUCCGGCUUCUAUUUCAGCCAUUUUGUGUGCAGCUGCCUGCCGGAACACAUGAGGACAGACAAGCUGCACUGAGAGGGGGCGGAGCAUACUCUAAACACACCCCCACGGGGCUCUUAUUGGUCAAAGGGAGCAGCGGUCGUCAGGGAGACGGGACGCAGAAGGGCCAUGUCCAGGAGAAUGAUGGAGACAUUCUGAGGAAGCAGAUAACACUUAGUUCCUCCGGUUCCUGAUUGGCCGGGGCGUUUGGGGAUUAUCGCAUCUCUUGGUGGCGGACAAGCCUAUAACAGACCAACACAAUGACGCAGAGCAUUUCCAUUUGUGCUGUUGCACUGAACAUCAAUGAUAAAACUACAAGAACCAGAUGUGCCUCCAAGGAGACUCUUUGCAGCCGCUUUCCCUUGAAAUUAGUUGACAUUACUGGGAAAUAAUUUCCGAUUAAAAGUUCUAUAUUAUUA